AUGUCUACAAGGGCGGCUGAUGUCGAUCUGGAGGAUCAUGAAGAGGACGAGGCAGACCCCGAGCGUGGAACGACUGGGAGAUCAAACAAUGCCGUGCAUUGGGGCACCGAGACGGGCGGAUCGUCUAGUGUAAGAAGAUCCUGGAGCAGCUUACCGCCGCCCAUCUCGGCCAGCCAAAAUCUAUCUCAACGGCUUUCUGCGCACCGGCACCGAGAUGAACAAUCGGGGACGAUAGACGGGAUUAGUUCAGGAGGGAUGGGUCUCAUUGCAUCCGCUGGGUACGCAGCCUCGCGGAGGGGAGGAGCGGGUAGUUGGGGCGUUCCCCGUGGUGGGGUGGCUGGUGUUAGCGCUAAUGGCGUGGCGACGGCACCUGUGGAAUCGACAAGGCGGGGGACGGCAGCUGUUGAGAGAGAACUCCAAAGGCCAGGCGGGAGCCGGAUGCACCCCGCGCCAAGGUCGCCGCUCACGAUUUGUGCCGGUGGUUUUUCUUCCAGUGGUGGUCAUGUGCCGCGAAGGCUUGGGCCAGGCGCGCCAAGGUCCCCGCUUAUGGUUUCUGCCGGUGGUUUUUCUUCCAGUGGUGGUCAUGUGCCGCGAAGGCUUGGGCCAGGCGCACCAAGGUCCCCGCUCAUGGUUUCUGCCGGCGGCUUUUCUUCCAGUGGUGGUCAUGUGCCGCGAAGGCUUGGGCCAGCAACAAACGGAACCGAAGGACAGGGCCACAAGGGACGCUGCAGCGUUCAGCGCAAGCCAAGAAUCGUGCUGUCCCGACCACCAUUUUUCAACUUCCUACGCCGACGAGCUCGGCCCCCACGACAGCAACGACAGCUCCCUCCUCCACGCCAGGUUCAGCAACGGGGGGGGGGCGCCCCAGCUAGGAGUGUCGGUUCCUCUACGACGUUCUCGGUAUGCACGGCGCUGAACCAACUCCGCGUGUCAGUCGUCAAGGCUAACAAUGUCUUCAUGUGCUCUCGGGGCGAGUGCAGAAAGGUCGAGCAACUCCGUGCAGCAGCUGGGCGUCAGGGCGACACGAACUCUGCACUCGCCGAUCGUUGCCAACAUGCGGACGUUGUGCGCAAGGCAGAGGUUUCAUCCCAAUCGAUACCAACAGCCACUGCAUGCUUGAAUGGAGAUGGAGAAUUCGAAAAUGCUUUGGCCAGUGUGCCACCGGGGACAUUCAACGAGAAAAUGGUGCGGGCCAUGCAACAGCGCUAUGCCAGGGCGAAAGAGGAAGGAGUUCCGGUGCUUGUGCGCCUCGCGGAGACAGCGUGGUUUGCCGUCAGAGACGGCGUGACGUUCCAGCGUAAUGUGAUCGGGGGGUGGGGUCAUGUGAAGACGAGGAGCGACACAACCGACGGGAGCGGUCACAUGUUCCAGUGCAAGGACACUGAUGGUGUGGAAUAUGAGCCGGACGGGGACAUGGGGGUGAAGGAGGGUGACCGCGAUGCCAACAUGGGAUUCGCGUGGAACAUCCAGCGGGAGGAUGAAGCCCUUUUCGGAGAACGAAUGGCAAUGGCGAGAAAGAUCAUCGCCGUGUACAAGUUUCCGAUCGAGGAGCCUCAGCUUAAGGAUGGAACGUAUGGACGAGACAAAAUCCACGUCAACGAGCGCAUUUGCACAGGCUGCCGUACCCCGUACGAAGUACUCCCCGACACUGACGCAAUCCUUGUCGGUCAGGGAGCAGCGCUGCGAAUAGUGGACGUCGAGCGUAAGAAGUGCAACACGUGCAACCUCCGAGGAUGGGCUGGCGACAACUUCCUGGAGGACGGAGUGUUCAACUACAACGAGAAUAUUGUGGUUGAAUUGCGCGUCCUCUACCAGCUUCGCUUGGCUUUCCGAGCUGGCACUCCGGUGUCAACCUGGCUUCGAACCUUCUUGCAGCCUCGGUUGGACAACAUGGAUUGGCUGGAGCAAAACCCGAUGUUGGCGUCGCGGUAA